UAUUCGUAUGCUUUCUUGUUCUCGUUUAAAUUUUGCUGAAUGGUUAUAUACCUGUUCAUUUUUCAUUUUCCUUUUUGUGUCAACAACAAGGCAAAAUUUUUACAAGUUUUCCUGAUUAUGGAGCUUCGUGAUUUAAAGUCGUGAUUUUUUAAACGCAAACACCACAGUAUAAAUUGAUUUGAUGCGCCGUAAGCAUUUCAUUUCUUCCAUUUAAGCAGAAUGGAAAAAGUAGGGGUUUUUUGGUUACGUAUAAAUUUAAUCUCAUUACUUGUUCAAUCAAGCAGAGUUUCGUUCGAAAGACAAGCAAUAUGGCCAGCAGGCGAAUAUAGUCUACCAAAGCCGAUGACAGGAUGUCCAGAUGAUUCCUGGAAAGAAGGAUGGCUAAGACAAGAAAUGGAAAAUGAUGACAUAAAUGACAAAAUAAAUGUCAAAAGUAAGUUUUCAUCAAAUUUUCAUAUGAAUGCAAGUAUUUUUAAUGGAAUUAAAGGUGGACAAUAUGAGUUUAUUGACAGAGAAUUUUGUACAAAGAUCUUGGCAUUAGGAAAUAAAACUACGUGGAAAUAUUGGCCAAAAGGAAAGUAUUGUAUUUACCAAAAGAAUGAUUGUCCAUAUGACAUGGAUGAAGGCUGGAUUCAACUUGAUGAUGAAGAUAAUUUUGAUGGUGUAAAUAGAAAUAAGCAUAGAGGAAUUUUACCAAAGUUUUCACAGAGCAUCUCCAAUUUGGGAGCAACCAGACUAUUUUACUGCUGUCAAACAGAAGGGCAAUGGUACAACCCGGUUGAGUUGCCUACAGAAAAACCAUUUUAUUUGUUACCUUACAAAACGCCCAACUGUCAGCGCGUCUUGUGGACGGUCAGCUCUCUCGAAUACAUUGUAUAUGAUACUGAGAAUGAUGUGAAUGGAGAUAAGUUCUUUGGACAUCACGUAUACACAAAUAAAGUGAAAAGCUUACCAAAAAUAUUUUACUGUUAUUACGCAGGAUGUCGGUAUGAACUUCAUGGAAAUACUGGAUUGUUCAGUUCACCAUAUCUGAACAACUCUUUUUACGAUUUCCAUUCUUGUUCAUGGGCAAUAAAAGUUAAUUUAACUCUAAAAAUUUCUGUGGUAUUUAAGCAGUUAUUUUUUAUUAAGUGUCAACAUAAUUCUUUGGCAAUUUAUGCUGGACAGAGUGAAAACAGUUCGAUGCUGUUGGCUGUAUAUUGUGGCAGAAAUGCAACUUCUCGUGCUCAGAUAAAUUCCACAACGAAUGAAUUAUUCAUUGUCAUGAAACACAGACAAACUAACAGUUCAACGCCAAAAGGCUUUGGUUUUACGCCAAUUAUACAACUUUUGCAAAUACUGUCUCUCUUAGGAUAAAUUGGACGUACUCUAGCCCAAACUUUAUUGAACGAAAGCACACUUCUUCCAGUUCAUCUCACACUGCACAAUAUUUACAUUUAUAGAAAAGGCAAUCAACAACAAAAGAGUACAACGAUCGCUAUUUAUAAGUAUACUUCUGCCAAUAAUUGCGUUGGCGUUCAUUGUUGUUCUUGGUUUCGUCUUCUUUUAUUUUAAAAGGUACAAAAAUCCCAGUCUAUCACACUCAGCACAAGACCACUCUGGAUAUGACCAUAAUGAUGUUUCAAGCAUGGAGUUACCGCACAAUGAUGAUGACUUGCAGUAUAAAGUUGUUGUGCAAAAGAAAUCAAAUGAAUUGCCAAGUGACUUUGAAGAGUCGGAAUAUGUCAUUCCAAUUGAAGAUAAAAGACUUGACGUUACUAAUAAUACGACAGAAAUGGGUCAACAACGAUAUCAAAAAGUAUCAGUUCCAGUGUUGUCGCACAAUAAAGAGGGACAGCAUCAUUUACCUGAUGACUUGCAGUUUGAAAAUGUUGUGGAAUACACGGCAUUAUGUAAUCAUACAAGAAAUAAUGAGACUGAAAGCAAUAACUACCAAUCAUUAUUGAAAAAACGAAAUGAAAGAAGUUAUGAAAACUAUGACCAGAAGGACAAUUGCUCUAUCAGUCAACAAUACUACAGUAAAAAUUUGCAAAAGAAAUCCAAUGAAUUGUUGAGUGACUCGGAAGAGUCGGAAUAUGUCAUUCCAAUUGAAGAUAAAAGACUGGGCGUUACUGAUACGAUAGGAAUGGGUCAACAACGAAAUCAAAAAGUAUCAGUUCCAGAGUUGUCGCACAAUGAAAAGGGACAGCAUCAUUCACCUGAUGACUUGCAGUAUGAAGAUGUUGUGGAAUACACGCCAUUAUGUAAUCAAACAAGAAAUAAUGAGACUGAAAGCAAUAACUACCAAUCAUUAUUGAAAAAACGAAAUGAAAGAAGUUAUGAAAACUGUGACCAGAAGAACAAUUGCUCUAUCAGUCAACAAUACCACAGUUAAAAUUUGCAAAAGAAAUCCAAUAAAUUGCUGAGUGACUCGGAAGAGUCGGAAUAUGUCAUUCCAAUUGAAGAUAAAAGACUGGGCGUUACUGAUACGAUAGGAAUGGGUCGACAAAAAAGUCAAAAACUAUCACGGAAAGACAAUCGUUCUGUCAAUGAAGGGUUACACAGCAAAAAUUUGCUUAAGAAAUCAAAUGAUUUACCGAGUGCGUCUUAAUAUGUCAUUCCAAUUGAAGACAAAGACUUGCCAUUACUGAUACAAAGAAAUGAGGCAACAACAAAACAAAAAACUAUCAGUUUCAGAGUUGUCGCACAAUGAUGAAAGAAUGAUAGCGAGGGACUUACCUGGCGGAAAACGGUUUCUGUUAGCAAAACAAUUGCCCAACAUAAAACUCUAAUUAUAGCUAUUUUGUAAAGAAAUAAGUAUUUCUAUAUAAUUACAAUUUGAUGAGAGAGUGCAUCAUUUACCUGAUGAAUUUUAGUAAGUGUCACUGGUAUGAUACAUCAUUAACUUGUCACACUACUUACAAAUUGAAUUUAAUAUUUCUAAUAAAUUACAUUUAUCAACCAGUACACUUUAUAAAAAGAAACUAUUCCCCAAUACAAUUUAUUUUAAAUAAUCAAUCAGCAGGCUAUUACAAAUUAUACAAAAGUUUCAGGUCAAUUACAAAGACACCACAACAGAAUAGCACAGGACGUAAAGUUAUCUUUAUCUAUGUUACAUUGGUUUUAUGGGUUUUAUUGGAAUUCAUACUUUCGCAAACUAUUUCUACGUUAUUACAUCAUCGAAUGAAUUUAACAGGUGAAAGUAGAACUUCCCUGUUACUUCAAUAGUUGAGUUGUCGAAUACACGCCAUUUACAACAAGAAAUAAUGGAACAGAAAGCAAAUAAUAAAGCAUCAUACAGUACUAAUAGAAACAAACUCCAAGAAAUUGUGACAAUAUUGAUCAGAAUGACAAUUACACGGUAAAAAUUUGCCCAAGAAAUCAGAUGAUGUGAGUCGGAAUAUGUUAUUGCAAUCGUUGAUAAAUGAUGUGAAGUUGCUGAUAUAACAGGAAAGAGGCAAAACGAAAUCAAUGACUAUCAAUUUCAAAGAAAUUAUUAGGAGACCGUUAUUUGAUUUAUGGAAGGAGGACAAAUUUUCUGGACUGCACAAUAUUGAAAGGGAAAUUGACUUUGUAAUUAUAACUAGCCAAAUAAAAAGGUAAUUUCUUACGAAA